AUGGGUGAAAGUGGUGCACUUGACUUUGGACCCGCGAUGCCGACUAUUUCCUACGCUUUGGCAAUCCCACUGAUUGCUGGAGGUCUCGUCGCUCGGUACCUCGUCGUCAAUGUCGCAUUGCCCAUCUUUUGGUCCCCUGUGGCCAACAUCCCGGGCCCGAGCGCCCCUGGCUUCUGGGGCUCAAAUUUAUACGGGUUGUUCAACUCCAAGAUAUCAUGGAAACUUCACGAAGAAUUUAUGCAAAAGUUUGGUCGCACGUUUCGCGUAUUCGGCGUCGCAAAAUUUGACCAACGACUUUUGACGCUGGAUCCCGUAGCCAUUGGGUAUAUACUCCGCAAGACGUCGAUAUAUCAGCGACCAUGGCCGACAAAAGCGUUUAUUUCUUCAAUUAUCGGAGACUCGCUAUUCUCAUCAGAAGGCCUGAAGCACAAGUGCCAACGCCGGAUCGCCGACCACGCGUUUGGCGAGCGGAACCUGCAAUCUUUCCUGCCUACCAUCUUUGCAAGAGCGUCACAAAUGACGGAAAAAUGGAUAUCCAUCGUAGAAAAGUCGGAAGAUGGUCAGGCAAAGUUUGAUGUCGCCGAGUGGGUGGUCCGCCUGGGAUUGGACAUUAUUGGAGAAGUCAGUCUAGGUGUGGAAAUUAACUCUUUACGCGAGAAAAACAAUCUGCUUCACGAAACAUAUACGGAACUCUUCAACGUGCUGCUGAAACGACAACACCCUCUCCUCACCUUCUUCGGAAUUCAAGUCCCACGGCUCCAACCGUACAUACCCACCGAAGUCUUCGCCACACUUACACGAUGCAAGGCUAUCGUUCAUGACUUUGGAAUGAAACUGAUCCAGGAGAAACGACGUAUACUCGACUCUGCAGAGAAAUGCCCACAUCGAGAUUUCUUGACCCUAUUCUUGAAAGCGAAUACCCACCCUGAUGUCCCUUAUGAACAACGGAUGUCUGAUAAGGAGUUAUUGGAUAUUGUCAAUACGAUGCUGAGCGCAGGGUCGGAGACUACCGCCCUGGCAAUUUUGUGGACCCUUCAUUACCUUUCGCUUCAUCCAGAGGUGCAGGAUCGCCUGCAGGAAGAGCUCCUCACCGUACCGACCUAUUCCCCAUCGCAAGUAUGCGGUGAAGAAGAGAUGGUUGAGCUCUACAAAGCCAUCGACUCGCUUCCUUGGUUGGAUGCUAUCAUCAAAGAAACACUACGCCUGUCUCCCUCGGUGCACUCGUCUAUCCGCGUUGCCAUGGUGGACGACGAAAUACCACUCGUGAAGCCUAUGGUGAUGCGAGACGGAACCACAUCCUCUACGCUCAAGGUCAAGAGGGGUCAGUGGAUACAUUUACCCUACGAGGCGUGCAACGUGGAUCGAGAAAUUUGGGGAGAUGAUGCUUGGGAGUUCAAACCGGAACGUUGGAAUUGUCUUCCUGAAGCAGUCUCUCAACUCCCUGGUGCAUACCAUCACCUAAUGUCCUUCGGCGCUGGUCCAAGGGGUUGCAUCGGUAUGAAAUUUGCUCACAUGGAGAUGAAGGUCGUGCUCCACCAAAUCGUCUCCUGUUUGAGUUUCAGGGCCGUCGAGAAUCUUUCCAUCAUAAAGGGCACGUCAACCUUCUCCAAACCAUAUGUGGAAGCGGACUGGAGAUGCGGGCGUUCGAGCUCGCUACCGCUUCUUGUAUCACGAUACCUUCCCGGUGAAGCGGCUUCAAACACAAAUACGCUCAACAACAUGCCGCCCAGUGUCGUCUUCAACACGGAUCCUGGUUUGGACGUCGCUCAAGAGCAAAUCGCGCGUAUUCGCCUUGCGAAUCACGCAUUUCAAGCAUCUCAAGGGCAAAUCGAUCGGCAUUCCAUCACUGCUCGUGCUGCUGGAUCUGGCAGUGACAAUCAUAGUGGACCCCUCAUCGUGGUGCUGAUUGCACUGGCGUCCCUUGUCGCAAUUCUUGUGAUUGGAAGCUCAAUACUGCUCAUUCGAUACAGGCGAGUCAUUGGCGGAACGUGCACGCACACCACCAGGUGUCUCACUCCUGCGAACGCCACCAAGUCUCGCUGGCUGCAUCGUUUGGGUGCAAGGACAACUCAACAAGUCGAUCCACAGAGGCACCAUCCACUGCCGAACGCCACCCCGGCUGACCUCAAGAGCAUUCUCCUGGAGCCUACUUCGACUAGCAAUGAAUCGAAGGAGCUCCCUGAGGGUCUCGAAGCACAACUGCCACGAACACCACCUCGUUACCGUAUCCCCUCGAUAGCCUUGGACCCUACCGAGUGUUCUAUCAGUACCAUACCGCGACAGCCAGACAACUCUAUGGCUCGUAGCUCUUUGGAUCACUCUGCAUUCUCCAGAGGCUCUCUGGACCGGGCUUCCUCUGCCGACGCCCAGCCACUGUCGGAAGAGUCAAUCCAAGAACUCCUACUGAAAGUCAGCGAUGGACAAACACGGUGUAUCAUCCAGACGGCUCUCGGCAACAAAAAUGGCGCGGCAAGCUUCAUCUUCCUCUACGACUACACAUACUUCCACGCCGAUGUCUUCAAACCCGUCCUUCCUGCGUAUGAUCAGGUCGGUAUCCUCGACUUUGUCAUUUUCAUCAAAGAACAUUGA